AUGGCCAGCGAAUCUUCUGGUGCGGCGGUGUCGCUAACAUCGACUGCGGCUCUCGUCGCAGAGAAGGCGGCGAAACUCUCGGAACUGCUCAAGGGCAACAACAUUGCCGACCCCUCUCUCGACGAGAGCAGCCAUGACCCCUAUGCCCGAGAGGACUCGGCCGUCCGGCGGGCUCGGUCGGAGGUCUCGAGCGCAGCCAUGGAUCUUGUCCAGCUCUCUCAGGGUCCCGAGGAGCAGAUCAUGCAGAUGGCGUGGGCUGCCACCGACUCCAACAACCUAGGUGUGCUGGUCCGAUUCGACAUCCCGUAG